CGCGUCCUACGAAUUCAAACCGACACAUAUGAGGUAGGCGGCAAGCUUCGCGUUGAUGUUGAGACGCGCAAACGUAGCGUGUUGAAUAACGAGUUUCAGAACCGACCAGAGGAGAUCGGAGGGCUUGUCAUUCCCCGGAGUCAGCCCCAAUUCUAUUCAAAUGUACCACAGCUUCCAACUCGCAACAAGACACCCUAUAACUCGAGACCAAUAGCUCCCAGUAGUUUAUUGGAGUAUCGCGGGGCUAAAGGCCAAUCGGCCUCUCACCGCCCAUUACUGUCGGGCCACCCCUCUUACGUCGUUGUCCCUCACUUGAUCUCUCUCCUACUUUGUACUGACCCGUCCCUAACUUGUUCACACCUAUCUCCCACGGCGUUUCAUUUACCUUUCUUUUCCAUAAUCCUCUCUUAUCCGUCGAUUGCUUUCGGAUUGUUACUCUUUUCCGUGCUCGUUGAGCCAGGUACCUGGUACGCUAGGCGUUUCAAAUUGAUUUAUCAUCACUAUUGA